GAUUUCAUUCCAGAUUUUCUACGAGAUUGUGUUCAAAUCAAUCUUUUCUUCCUCUGUUCUCGAAUCUUGAAUUGAUUUGAAAAGUUUUGAAACAAUUUGAUAUGUCUCAAUCAGAGUUCUUUGGAGGACAAUUUGAGUUUCUCUUUUUGCGUGUCGAUCUCUAUGAAACCCGUCGAGCAAACAUGUCUCCACUACCAACACAGCAGAGAUGGCUCAAACCUGAGAGUAACUGAAGAAAACAGAACUGCGGGAGUGCUGGAACACUUUGAAGAGGGGGAAGAGAGAGAUACAAAAGAACAUUGAUCAUGCAAUCCAUUAACAACAACUCAUUCAGGUUUGCUCAAAUAUCUCCAAACAUCUUUUUACUUGGAAAUUGCAUUGAAUAUUCUUUCAGGAGAUCCUUGUUUUUCGAUUUGUACUGCACAAAAAACGUGGAGUCCAAUA